AUGGAAGAACAACAACAACCAAAAGCCAUUGCAGAAAAAAUUAACUGGAUUUCUUCUGAACAACCUGUUUUUUCUAUUGAUGUUCAUCCCGAUAAUAGUAGAUUUUUAACUUGUUCAGAUGAGUUGAUCAACAUAUGGAAAGCUACUUCUUACAUCAACUCUACAAAACCAUCAGGUGAUACUGCAAUCACAGAGACCGAAUUAUCUUCAUCAGUCGCUACUAUUAAAACAGAAUCGGAUUUCUGUAUCCAGAAAAUUGGUGGAAAUACUAAUUGUGCAAGGUUUAGUCCAGAUGGUAAAUUUAUUGCAGCCAAUUCUGAUGACUUUUCUGUUAGUGUGUACAAGGUCUCCAAAGCAAAUACUGAUAAAGAGAGUUGGAAGAGGAUCAAACAUUUCAAGACUCACACAAGUGAUGUGCUGUCUAUUGCUUGGAGUGGUGACUCACGAUAUUUAGCUUCUUGUUCAAUUGACAAUUCUGUAGUAGUCUAUGAUAUGAGAGCAAAAAAUGUUGGUGAUAUUGUAUUGAAAUCCAGCGACCACAAUGAAUUUGUGAAAGGUGUUACCUUUGAUCCUAUCGGAAAGUAUCUUGUAUCUCAAUCGGAUCAUUCUGUAUUUAUUUGGGCCCUUAAUGAUGGUGUUUUUCAAUUUCACAAAAGGAUUAGUAAUGUAUUCGGUAAGGUUGAUAUUGCUGUUUACAAACCUUCAUUUUCUCCUUGUGGUCAAUUCUUGAUUAUUCCAAAUGCAUACACAAAGACUGUUUAUUGUGCAAAUAUUUAUAUGAGACAGGACGAUUUCUCCCAAUGUAUCCCUUUCCACAAUAAUCACCCUGUUUGGUUUACUGCUUUUAAUCCAUGUAUUUUCAAGAAGAAAGCCAAACCUUGGACUUUCUUUGCAGUGAGCACUGAAGAUACGAUAAGCGUUUUUUCUUCUGAAAUUCCAAAGCCAAUGAUUCAUAUUAACAAUAUUUGUAAACAGUCAAUUAGUGACAUUGUAUGGAGUGCAGAUGGGUUGUCUUUAUUAGUAUCAAGUAAUGAUGGUUCAGUACACUCAAUCACAUUCCCUUCAGGCUUCUUUGGAAAUCCAUUAAGUCAAAGAGAAAAAAAAGAAUACCUCGAACAAUAUUACGGAGACAUGGAGCUUGGUACAGUUUUGUCUGAAUAUCCUAGCACCAUUUUUGCAAUUCCUCAACUUGGAGAAAUUGCACCUCUUCCACAAUUGCAGUCUAAUCCUUUAGCUUCUCUAGCAACCUCUAGUAGUUCUAACAAUGUCAUACCACCAAAACCAAAACCAUCAGUUACACAACGAACUGAAAUAGUUAAUGGUAAAAAGAGAAUUGUACCAGUACAUACUUCUUUUGAUGAUGAUGAAGAAGAGGAGGAAAACACUCUCAAAAAUUUUGCUACUGGUCCAUUCAAUAUUGAUACGCAAAAGGAAAACAUGUUGAAUGAUGUAAUUUCAAAUAGAAUAGGAGUUAAUGCUGUGGAGACAUCAAUUGGAUUUGCCCCUAGUACAUAUUCAACAUCUGACAUUUUGAAAGUAACAACCGAAGUAACAAAGAAAAGAACACGUAUUGAACCAGAAGAUAAUUCGAAAAAGAAUAAGAAAAAAACAAAGAAUCCAAUUAAUCCUUUAAGGGAUUUAUCUACCAUUACUGCUGAGCCACUCUAUUUAAGACUUAAUGCCAGAGAUGAAUUAUUCUGCUCACUGGAGGGUAUUGUUGAAUUGAAACGAAACAACGCUCUAGAAUGGAAGAGCACAGUUUCAGGAACGGGUAGCGUCCUUCAUAGUUAUCCAAACUUGGCUGCUGGUACUCAAUUCUUUAUUGCUGUAUGUACAUUCCCUUCCAAUCAGUGCCAUGUUUUUUCAACAGAGUCUGGUAUGAGAUUAUUACCUCCAUUAGUUUUAGAUUCAAAGAUUGAACAUGUAAAUUGUUCAGGAGAUUUCUUGGCAGCUUACACUGCAGAGCUAAUGUUUUAUGUGUGGGAUGUCAGGAAGCAAAAGUGCCUUGUACGUUGCAGUGCAGACCCAUUACUAAGCAACACGUCCAUUACUUCUGUAGAGAUGAGAAUUGUUGAUGAUAUUGCUGUGACAGCUAAAGGUGUUGGUAUUGUAACAUUAACUAGUGGUGAAUCUUUUGCUUUUGAUGUAAAUUUGAACACAUGGAUUUGUGUUGCCGAUUCACAUUCAGUAUUUUCUCCUUUCCUUUCUCAAGGCAGAGUAAACCUUGAAGAAAUUGAGGAUGUUAAUUUUGAAGAUGCUGAAGUGACACUCAAAGUAUUAAGAAACAAGGCUGCCAAAGCAGUGCAAAAAUUCAGACUUGAACAUCCAGAAAUAACACCAACAACAGAAACUGCUAACAUUGAUAUCAUAGAUGACCUAGAGCUUGCCAUGACAUCUGCAGCAGCAAUUGGAGAUAUUGGAAGUUACAUGUAUGCUGUUCAAUCCUAUGCAAAACAUUUGGCAAAGAUUAAUAAUAACAGACUGACUGAUCUCUUCCGUUCUCUCUUAGGUCCUUGGGAUCCAAAAUCUACAUCCACAAAUUGGAAUCCACUCAUUGCUGGAACUCCAAAGAGAUUGAUUCUCCAACACCUCGUCACCAUGUUAAGCUCCUCGCCUGACUUGUUGAUAAAGAGAAUUUGCUCUGAUUUUGCAAAUCUCUUAGCCGAAAUCAAUAAAUAAACCACUCAAUACUUCCG